AUGCCUCAAAGGAGUGUAGUUUCAUGGAACGCAAUGAUCAGUGCUUGCCUCAAGCAUGGCCAAUAUUUAGAGGCCCAAGCGCUCUUUAAGAAAAUGCCCAACAAAGAUCUCGUGUCGUGGACAACCAUGAUCACAGCGUAUUCAGAAGCUGGGCAUCUGGAGGAAUCGUGCGCUCUUUUUAAUAGCAUGCCAGAAUGGAACAUUGUCACAUACACAGCCAUGCUGACGGCAUAUUCCAUGCAUGGCAUUGUAGAAAAUUCCAUGGGUGUCUUUGAGAAUCUAAUGCCAGAGCACAAUAUUUGUUCGUGGGCCGCCAUUGUAACAGCAUAUGCUCGGAACGGGCAUCUGGAAGCUGGCCGGCACUUGCUAGAAAAGAUGCCGGUUAGAGAUGUCGUAGCGUGCACCGCCAUGAUAGAAGCAUAUGCCUCUUGCGGUGAACUAGACCUUGCAAGGAAAACUUUUAACGAGAUGGACGAAAGAGACCUGGUAUCCUGGAAUGUUUUGAUCCUGGCGUAUGCCUCUGUUGGGCGUACUGCUUCUAAAGCUCUGGACCUCUUCUUCUUGCUGCAAAUCCAUGGAGUGGAGUGUGAUGAGAUUACUUUCACUGGAGUUUUGGCCGCCUGUGCCCGUCAAGGUGAAUCUGGCAGGAGUCGUGACUUUUUGGUGUCUUUGAGCAUGGACUAUGGAUUGAGACGAAGGCUGAAGCAUUUCUCUUGCGUGAUUGACAGCCUUGCUCGAGCAGGGCAGCUGAAAAUGGCUCAGGACCUUUUAGACAACAUGCCAUUCUUCCCGGAUUCCAUCUCUUGGACGGCUCUUAUGGGAGCUUGUCGAGUCCAUGGCGACACAAGACGAGGUCUUAGAUCUGGGAACAGAGUGAUGGAGCUAGAGCCGCACAGUGCUGCUCCUUAUAUGACCCUUUGUAGAACUUUCAACGAUCAUACGUUAGAAGACGCACUCAAUAACAUCAAUCAGCUCAUCCCUGGGGAGAAGAAAAUCGAUGUCCCCAGUACCACAGUCGAUUUUGAUGUGCGUUCUCCCCGGGCGCAAGGAGGAGGAAUAGCUUCUCAAAUCACUGCCGCUCCUCCAAAGAGACCCUCAUCUCUCCGCGACACUCUCCAAAACACCACCAAUCCAUCCGGUGACGCCUCCCAAGAGGUGGCCGGCCGGGGUCACAACAUCACAGGCAUCGACUUUGGGAGCCAUAACGAGUUUAAUGGCAAAACCAACUUCAUUGUGAUUCUCUGGCCUUCGAGGGACAUAUCUGUGGUUGGAAGCACCGGGGACUUCGAGCUCGCCAGGGGAAUCGCGAGCCUCUCCAUUGAUGGUGCUACUUUCAUCAUCAAAGUCAUUGCCAAGCUCUUCUACCACUGA